CCCCGCGAGGGGUGGGGCAGCGGGAGGAGCAGCCGCCGCGGGAGCGGUCUGGCGGAGAGCGGGAGGCGCCGGGCUGAGUUGGCGGGGGACUAGCUCCCGGAUGUGGAGAAGCUGGGGAGAAGGCGUGGGAGGAAGAUGGACUCGGUGGAGAAGGGGGCCGCCACCUCCGUCUCCAACCCGCGGGGGCGGCCGUCCCGAGGUCGGCCGCCGAAGCUGCAGCGCAACUCCCGCGGCGGCCAGGGCCGAGGCGUGGAGAAGCCCCCGCACCUGGCGGCCCUGAUCCUGGCCCGGGGCGGCAGCAAAGGCAUCCCCCUGAAGAACAUUAAGCACCUGGCGGGGGUCCCGCUCAUUGGCUGGGUCCUGCGGGCGGCCCUGGACUCGGGGGUCUUCCAGAGUGUGUGGGUUUCAACAGACCAUGAUGAAAUUGAGAAUGUGGCCAAACAGUUUGGUGCACAAGUUCAUCGAAGAAGUUCUGAAACUUCAAAAGACAGCUCUACCUCACUAGACGCCAUCAUAGAAUUUCUUAGUUAUCACAAUGAGGUUGACAUUGUAGGAAAUAUUCAAGCCACUUCUCCAUGUUUACAUCCUACUGACCUUCAGAAAGUUGCAGAAAUGAUUCGAGAAGAAGGAUAUGAUUCUGUUUUCUCUGUCGUGAGACGCCAUCAGUUUCGAUGGAGUGAAAUUCAGAAGGGAGUGAAUGAAGUGACUGAACCUCUGAAUCUGAAUCCGGCUAAACGACCUCGUCGACAAGACUGGGAUGGAGAAUUAUAUGAAAAUGGCUCAUUUUAUUUUGCUAAAAGACAUUUGAUAGAGAUGGGUUACUUACAGGGUGGAAAAAUGGCGUACUACGAAAUGCGAGCUGAGCACAGUGUGGAUAUAGAUGUGGACAUUGAUUGGCCUAUUGCGGAGCAAAGAGUGUUAAGAUUUGGCUAUUUUGGCAAAGAGAAGCUUAAGGAGAUAAAACUUUUGGUUUGCAAUAUUGAUGGAUGUCUCACCAAUGGCCACAUUUAUGUGUCAGGAGACCAAAAAGAAAUAAUAUCUUAUGAUGUAAAAGAUGCUAUUGGGAUAAGUUUAUUAAAGAAAAGUGGUAUUGAGGUGAGGCUCAUUUCUGAAAGGGCCUGCUCCAAGCAGACGCUCUCCUCCUUAAAGCUGGAUUGCAAAAUGGAAGUCGGCGUAUCAGACAAGCUUGCUGUUGUAGAUGAGUGGAGAAAAGAAAUGGGCCUGUGCUGGAAAGAAGUAGCAUAUCUAGGAAACGAGGUGUCUGACGAAGAAUGUCUGAAGAGAGCGGGCCUAAGUGGCGUCCCUGCUGACGCCUGCUCUGCGGCCCAGAAGGCGGUGGGAUAUAUUUGCAAGUGCAGUGGUGGCCGUGGCGCCAUCCGAGAGUUUGCAGAGCACAUUUUCCUUCUAAUGGAAAAGGUUAAUAAUUCAUGCCAAAAAUAGAAAAAUAAGUGUAAUGUUGGGAAAGAGAGAACACAGCCUUCUUGAGGCACUUUGCUUUUAUUUUUGACCUAAGUACAGUUCCAUGGUGUAAUGUUGCAGAAGGUGUGAUUUGAUUGGUGAUAUAUCUUAGUAUCUUUUAAAAGCAAAAUCUUCUCAAAUUAUCAUUCCAGAACCUAUGAAGUAAUUGUCUGUACUUUUCUCUUUCAGCCAGAUGAUUAUUUAGAGACUGAUCAUAGUAUUUCUUAGAUUUUUAGUAAAUACAAGACAUCAUCAGAAUUGACUUUGUAUUGUACCUUGUAAAACUGUGUAUUUGUGUGCUUUCAAUUAUGCUGGGGUUUUAUUUAUUUGGAGACAGUGUGUCUGUAACACAAGCACUACUGUUCAUUAAUAAAAUUACAUUUCAUAAACUUGA